AUGCACUCAGGCUCCAUGUCUCUUCUGGGCUAUCCUGGGGAUUGUGGUGGCACAUCCUACAGAACUCACUGUUAUGUCCCUGUGACUCCUUCUAUUGCUCUUUGCUCCAGUGAUGUAAGCCCUAUCUUCGGGCUCUGCUUGCCCACUGGCUACCAAGGAAAUCUCUGGCUCCUGGACACCUGCCAGGAAACCUAUGCUGAAGCAGCAAGCUGCGAAUCUCCUAGCUGUGAGCCCAAGAUCUGCACCACGAGUUGUGACCCAUCAAACUCCCGUGUGCCCUGCAACUCUCCAACAGUGGGAAAAGUACACAGUGCCUGUGAAACUACCAACAUCGGACCCGGCCCCAGCUGCAGCCCGUGCACUCAGACCAAGGGGUAUGUAUCCGAUUGCUACACCCCCAGCCUAUAUACAUCUAAAGCUUGCCAGACCCUCAGCAAUGGCUUCAAAUGCUUUGGACAACUUAACUGCUUACCCAAGAGUUACCGACCUGUAAACCACUGCAGAUUGGGUAGUUUGGGGUAUAGAAGCUACCAAAAUCUUGGCUUCAUACCCAGUGGCUUCUCACCAUCAUGCUAUGUUGCCAGCAGCUGCCAAUCCCAAAACUAUUUAGCAAGAAAUUGCCAAUAUUCACGUUAUGGGCCCAUAAGCUGCCAACCACGGAGCUAUUUUUCUAGAAACUUCCGGUCUCUGAGCUGUAUACCAAGUACCUUCCCUCCUCUGAGGUAUUUAUACAGUGGCUGCAGACCUCUGAAUUGCUAUUGA